AUGCCGUUCAUCAACGCUCCAAGAGAACGAAAAUCCACCUACAUCGAUUUCGAGCAGCCGAUUCCGCCAUCGGCCUAUGAGAGAAUCUCUUCAUCAACGGCCUCAUCGUCGAAGUCUUCCGUUUGCCCCUCUUCGCCAGGAUCACUUACAUCGAUGUCAUGGUUUCGUUCGGAUGAGAAUCUCUACCAGUCUCUUCCCGCCAGCUCAAAAGAAAAACGCUCGCGUUCACCGUUCAAAUCGCCAAAAAAACUCGUCGAGCCUCUGUACAAGAUAUGUGAUGCUUUGAGUCGAAAAUGCAGUUUCAAGCGAGCCGGUUCUCCGAAGCCACGUACCCAUGAAAAAGAAAUCGACUUACCGAAGCCUCGAAUGCUAGAUUUUGAGUCACCAGAAAAAUGGGACUCAAAUAACCGAGUUGGCUGCCGCGAAUUGGACCUCACACCGUUAUGUCAAAUGUCGCCACUGGAACAGAAAAAAUCAACAAUUAACUCGCGCAAAUUGAUCAUAAAACGGAAAUCGAUCAACGAGAAAUCUGAGCGUAAGAGGGAUUUGCGAAUGAUGGAAGGAAAAAUAGAAGACAUUGAUCGAAGGAAAAUCAUCGGCACGUACAAGAAUGCUGGAGAAAAUGUGAACUGUUUUGGGUCAGUUCGUGAAAGACCAAAUCCAUUAAAGUACACGGAUUCGAUGCCAACGACGUCUCAAAAAGGCUACUCGGAGUUCACUUCACCAAUUGCCAGGCGACCUCCUUCGUUUACCACAUCCACACCAACUCGAAAGCCAGAUGGCGGCAUUUAUAAGAAGAAAACACCGCUUAGUCGUCAUCGAUCGGAUGCUGCAACGCUUCGCCAAGAGCAUUCGCCGCUAAGAAUUCUUUCUUCGCCAACAAAGAUUUUGUACAACUCUCGCAGAAUUAGACAAGCAGCGACCCGCCGAAAUUCGAUGCGCAUACGGCAGAAAAACGUCUUGGAGGUCACCUAUCUU